AUGGUGGCCCUGCCCGGGGACGACGAGCAGGAGUCGCUGCAGCCCCGCAUCGACGACGUCUACGAUGUCGUCUGGCCGGAUGCUGAUGCCUCGUCACGCUUCGGAGAGGUCGUUGUGGCUGCUCUGGCGAGCAAAGGCUACUGCGUUAUCCAAACUGGCUUGAGCGACGAGGAGCGUGAAGCCGCCUGGAGGAGUGCGCAGGAGCAGGACAGAUAUUUCUUUCGCAUGAAGCAGGAGGUGGAGACUGGCUACAUGGGCUUUGAUUCUAACAACAAGGUCGCCUGGCUUAAGGAGCGGCGAGAGGAGCAGUCAAACCCGGAUGGUCUUAACUAUCCGGAGGAUGAAGAACUCGACAACAAAGCCUUCGAUGGCAGUGAAAGGCUCUUCACGGACCUGGCAACUGCAAUUGCGCCUUUGACACCCACGCUGGGUGUCAGCUUUAGCUACAUCAUGAACCCUCUCCUGCGAGUGUCAAUGACAAAGAACGAGGAGGAGGAUUACCUGCCCGAGUCUGUCCGGGACAUGAUGCAAGAUCCGGAUUCGGGUUGGACGGUUCCAGUUCAGGAGUACCUCUUCUUCUCUCGACGAAGAAGGCUGUGCGUGAUGCAUCUCAUUGAGGCCGACGGAGGUGAGGUCUGGUUCUACCCGAAGGACGGUUCCUUCCUGUCCGGUGGCAAGCGGAGCAUGCGAGUGCCGGCUGCUCCGAACAAGCUCCUGAUUUUCCGCCACGACAUAAUGGAUUAUUCCUUCCAGGCCGUUGGCCGGAGCUUGGCACUACAGGCUUGGCUCAUGCAGGACAUCGGCAAGUCCCAAGCCAUUCGAGAGAUGUAUCUGAACCUGGGUCAGAUGGGAGACUCGGGCGAGGUCGUGUGCAACCCCGGGCCUGAAGUCCCCGAUGGACCGAAGGCGAGCAUCAUGGCUUUGACCACCCGGCUUCCGGGAGAGGCAUGGUCUCCAGCCCAAUACUGGUCCAUGUUCUCCUCAGGCACGGACACCUGCUCACAGUGGCCGUACUCUCGCUGGGAGACAGAGCCCUACUACGAGGAGGGCGCCGAUUCCAUCGCCACUGGCAAGUCGUACACCUGCCAUGGUGGAUUUGUUAGCCAAGACCAGAUCACUCAGUUUGACAACGUCUUCUUUGGUAUCGAUGACACGGAAGCCCGGUCAAUGAUUCCAGGCCAGAAGAUGUCCAUGGAGGUCGGCUACGAGUGCUUGGUUGCUGCGGGCUUCAACAAGAACAGCCUGAAGGGCCGGCGCAUGGGUCUUUGGUUUGGUGAUGUAGGGCCCGACUGGCACAGCUUUCAGACGGAGUGGGCAAGGUUUUGUCCUGACAUAUGCCCCACAAUGAUGGGCUUGAGCAUGAGCUGUGCAACCACAGCUGCACGCAUUGCCCACCAAUUUGAUAUCCGCGGGCCAGUUUCGUCUUAUGACACCGCGUGCUCGGCCUCCUUGGUCGCGAUGAACGCCGCGCAUUUGUGCAUGUUCGACUCGGACCCACCCAAGCCUGACAAUGCUGAAGCACUGAUUGUGGGUGUAAACACCCUGUUGGGACCUGGAUCCUUCAUAGGCAACUGCAUGGCCACAAUGCUUUCGCAUCAAGGCCGCAGCUUCACCUUCAACCGCAGUGCCGAUGGUUACCAGCGCGGUGAAGGUUGCGGAAGCGUUUUCGUGAAGCUGUACCAGGGCGACAAGCGCGAUGAAGAAGAGCGUGUUUGCGCGCUUAUCGGCACAGCAACCAACCAGGACGGCAGAAGUGCAAGCUUGACGGCUCCCAACGGCCCAGCACAGCAGGCAGUGAUCAAGAAGUCGAUGCGGUUCGCUGGCAUCAACCCAAACACUGUGUCUAUAGCAGAGUGCCACGGCACCGGGACUGCUCUCGGAGAUCCCAUUGAAGUAGGCGCGCUCAUGGCAGUGAUGCAUGAGCGCAAGGUCCCAAUCCUGAAGACCAGUGCGAAGAGCAAUGUAGCCCACUUGGAGGCUGGUGCCGGAAUCGCCGGUCUGACGAAGUGCAUCAUGAUGAUCAACUUCGGCACGGCACCGCCAAACUGCCAUUUUAACAUCAUCAAUCCGCACUUGACGAUCGAAGGGUACCCCGUCUACUUUGACACGGAGGACAUCGACGUGGGCCUCAGCAGUCUGUACUGUGGCGUCUCUUCCUUCGGCUUCGGCGGGACCAACUCGCGAGCAGACGUCUACGGCUACGCGACGAAGGGGCACAAGGCGGCCAUGAAGGCCAACUUGCCGACGCCCUCUCUUCCGAGGGCUUUGCACAUCGGGCAGACGCUGUACAUCAGUGGCUCUUGGGACAAAUUCGCGACCUACAAGGCAAUGGAUGGAGGGAGGUACGGCAAGUACACUUGCACCAUCGAACUUGGCGAAAGCCUGUGCGAAGAGUUUCAGUUGUCAUGUACGGAAGACAACCUGGAGGUGAUUCACCCCCUCAUCAAGAAGGCUGACAGUACCGAGCAGAUCGUCGGUCCGGACUUUGCAGGGAAGGGACUGAACUUCUUCAUCGACGGCCGGAAGGACGGCGCAACACCGGGGACUCUGUAUCAGAUCGACUUCAGGCUGGAUCUCGUGCGCCAAACUGUUCGGACAAUGGUGGAGCUUGGUCUCGUCCGUUUGGGUGGGGCGUUAGCUCAGCCGACCAUGGGACCAGAGGAUCCAGACUUCGAAGUUCAGGCGCUUACGCUGCACGGUGGCGUUCGCUUGGCGUCUGCGCUGCGAGCUCUCCAGACUCAGGGCCUCUUCUGCGACAUCGCCAUAUCUGCUGGCAAUGAGCAGUACCUUGCGCACCAGGUAGUCUUGGCAUCCAGGAGCAAGAUGCUUCAUGACCACAUCCUGUCCCAGAGUAAGGACCAGGGCUCUCCAGCUCCGGAACUAUCCUUGCCGCCGCAGCCGUUGGAGAUCCGUCUCAGCACAGACAUGGCAGCGCAAGAGGCUUGCUACGAGGCUUUGGCGCUCCUGGACCGGUUGUACGGCGAGGGCGGCGAAGCCGAGGUCGCCUCGAAGCUGUCGGCGGCGCUGGAGGUUACUUCCGAGGCACCCCUGGCUCUCGGCCUGCAAGCCUUGCAAGCGAAGGGCCUGCUGUGCGAUAUUUUGCUCACCGUGGGCGACAUUCACAUCCCGGCACACCAGGCCGUCUUGGCAGCAUCUUCUUCUGCUCUGAAGAGGCUGAUCUUAGACGGCGCAAAGCAACUCUGCGACAGCUCCGCCAAGAUGCCCUGCAACACCUUCGAGCUGGAAAUGCGCGGCAUCAAGCACGCCGAGGCAAUCCGCGUUCUGGUGGACUUCCUCUACGGGAGCCCAACAUGGACGAAGCAUCAAGUUUCAAAGGAGGUGUGCGCGGACAUUUUGCAUCUCGCUUCGGAGCUCCGCCUCCCGAAGCUACAGGAGCAGGCGUUGCAGUGGAGCCGGAGCUGCAGCCUGUACGGGAGCACAGGUGAGGCUGCACCUGAGGUUUACGAGGACCCUCGUGCUUCCACACCUCCUGCCGUAGAGCUUCCGGAAAGUCAACCGGAAGCAGAAGCCGUUCAUCCUGAUCGGCUCGAGUGUCACAAGGACCUGGAGGAAUGUGGACAGUUCUGGUCAAUGAAGUGCGUGAGGUUUAACUCAACUGCCCCAAUACCGAUGCAGCCGGCGAUGGGUGCAAAGGAGGCUGCAGAGCACGCUGGCGAGAUCUACUGCCGCCAGGAUGCUGCGUUCCUGGAGAAGCUGGUGCAGCUCUUCUGGGAGAGACCCGUCUGGCUCGAGUCCGGCCUCAAGGCAGCACCAGUGCUGGCGAAGCUGAUGGAUGCAGACAGGCUCCGGAGGCUGCUGCCCUUCGUGGCGUAUCAGUGGAAGGAUGGGCCCUGGCAGCAGGCCUAUGCGCGUCUAGGAUGGGAUCCAAGGGAGGAGCCCGAGGAAGCUCUGCAGCUCCAGGUAGUCGCAUUCAAGGACACCACCUUUCCUGGCAGAGGCAGAGAAAGUCCUCAGGUGUCCGAAGACAUCUACUUCUCUCGUCCUCCAACCCGGCGCUGGUCUCUCUAUUUGCUUGAGUUAAUCGAGGACAGCUUCAUCGGAUCCCUCGUGCAAGGUGCUGUCGACAACAAAGACCGACCGCAGUGUGACCGGAAGACGGGAUUCCUGGGGCAAGUGCUUUACGAGGCGAUUCUGGAUCGCUUGGAGGUAAUGGCCACGGAGCUCCGCCAGAAUCAGAAGCGGAAGAAGACAGGUGUCAGAGAGGCACCUCGAAAGAAAGCGCGAGGAAGCUGA